CUCCAAUCGGAUGCUUACACAGUUGCUUCCACCGCCUUCUCUCAUUGAUAAUUUGGUCCCUGCCCCCAUCGAUAAACCUUCCCGAUCCUUCCAUCACCGCUUUAUUUUUCUCUUCGCUUCUCUCUUUCGUCUCCUUUUACCAGCUAUAUGCUUCGUGUUCAUGUCCUGCCCUAAAUCCUGCUAACGAUUCAAAGACGACAUGUCUUCCUUCAGUUUCCUAACCAUUCUUCAUCAUCACAAUGGUUAUCACUUUCUCUGGAAAGCUCCUCCACCGUCAUCAUCUACUGGCCUUCGUACUGUUAUCUCCGUCUUCCCUUUAAUUGUUCUUCUUGCCCGAUCGGAAUUGUGUCUGCAACGACUUCUAGCCCUAAAAAUCACCAUUCACGCCUUUAGAGGGAAACAUCGACACCUCAUCUACAUCAUUCAUUAUGUUCGUCGAUGUCUCUACUCAUACUUCCAGUUCCGGAAAUCUAUAGCUCUUACAAGUUUCAUUUUCCACAUAAAGAUUUACUCAUUUGGUGAUUUAUUCACCUAUACAGACCUGCUUAUAUACCGAUUGAGGUUUCGAUUGAGUGGAUUGGGGUUGUACCUGGCAACUUACUUCAUGUCUGUGAUUCUUCUGGAUGCAAAAGGAGCUUAUCCAAGAAUCAAACGGGUAUGUGAAACAGAGCUAGGAAUCAUUUCCUAAUGCUUCCAGUCAAAAAAUGUCAUGAACCUUCUCAUACAAUACUUUGAAAAUGUGGCAAUGAAGAUCAAUGUUAAGGAGUAUAUUAUAAUUAGGUUGGUGGAAGAAACACAAUUUUCGUUGCAGCUCUUUCUAAUAGACUUCAUGUUCCUAGGUUAUAAGAUUUGCCUGUUAUGCAAGUAGAACAGAUUGGUUUUAUGCUUCAGACGAUCAUGAAAUCCUCUCGAAGCAUCAAGACUAGAGAAGUGGCUUAGCAGAAGUAUGAAGAUCUCGGCGUCUUAUAGUGACAUUAAUAAGUACUAUAAUUAUGAAUACGGUUUCUAUUGGCACUUUCACCAGGAUGGAAAGAUUGAAGUUGAAGUUAAACUUACGGGGAUUUUGAAUUUAGGGGCAUUGCAGCCUGGGAAGUUAGAAAAUAUGAGACAAUAAUUGUACCAGUAUGGUUGUUAAUUGCAAGUCUGAGGAAGCAUAUAAUCAGCAAGAAAUGUGACUGGUGAAAGCACUUCUAUCAUAUAUCCAGGGUAAAGUUGGUAAUUCUUCAAUGUCCUAUACACAAGGCAACUUUUUUCACUUUUGUAAUUCGUUAAAAUUUAUAAAGUGUAAUGUUUAGAUGCUAUAAUUCCUUGAUAUGGAAAAAUUGGAAUUAUGUGGUGUAGUAAAAAGUAGAAACAAAUAAAAAAGUAUCUGUAUGGGUUUCUUGGA